AUGGCCGAAACCGGUGUGGGUGAUGCCCUGCUACCAGCAACCGCUCUUGCUGUGGCCUUGGUCGCCCUUGAUGAGGUCCAACGCAACGACUUGUCGCAAGAAGAGGAGGAGGAUCGUGCGCCCGACCUUCCCCGCCCUAAACUCUUAAGAGGACAGCGAAAGAGGAAAGACGUGGAGAAAUGCGCUUGGGCACAGAUGUUGGAGAAUAAGGACCUCGAGGACAGCAACAGCAAAGCCUCCAAGCAGUUUCGCCUUGACUUCCGCGUCCCCUAUAGCUUCUUUCUGCGGCUCGUGGCGUUGGUGAAGAGCAAGGACUGGUUCACAACUUCUGGCUGCGAUGCAGCAGGUCGGCAAAGCCACCCAGUGGAGCACAAGGUAGGCUGA